AUGAUAUUAUCCUUAUCCAUACUUUUUGGUUAUUUUUAUAUCAUUUUUAAUACAAUUAAAACCAAAUCUUACAAAAAUAAAGAAUAUUUUAAAUUUUUUGUUUGUAAAGAUAAAUUCUAUUGUUGGGCUUUUUAUUCUAUAUUUAAGAUUCAGAAGUACUCUAAUUAAUAUUGAUAUCAGCAACUUGUUUAAUACAAUGAGUGUUAAUUUAUAAUAAUGGUAAACUAUUAAAAGGAUUUAAUUAUCUCAUACAAUUUAUUGUUAGUUACAUUAAGCUCUUUAGCAUAUAUUUAGGAUUUUGAAUAAUUUUUUUGGAAGAUAACAAAAUUAUUCUGGGUUGAAUCCAUAUUUUUGUACUAUCAUUAGGGGUAUAAUUGAAAGCAUUCCAAUUUUUGAUUAGUAAAAUCAAAGAAAAUUUUGGAAAAAGCUAAAUAAAUCUCAACAUUUUGAAGAAUCUCACAUUAUUAAAUAAUUUGACUCUUUUGAUCAUAUAUAAGAUGUGAAUAACAAUUACAACUUUUGA